AUGUCAAACCACGACUUCCCCGAGGACGAGUCCAGGCGCUUGUCAGGGUGGGACGGUAUGUUCACCACCGGUUUCCAAAUCCCGCUGGGACCGAGUCAGUCACUGGCAGUCGUGGUCGCAGUGGAUGCUGACAGCCUCGAGAUGGACCACACCACCGUGACAGGUCCAGUCCACCGUGGCAGUGACCUUGCUAGCACAAUCUCUGACAACGCUGAGCUGUCCGAGUCCCCCAACCUGCCCCCGUACUCCAUCACGACUACCUCGUCAGACAAUACGACUCAGACUCACUACAACUCUGUGGAACAGUCCGAGGUUAUAACUGUACCUCAUGAAUCCGUGUAUGACGCAGGCAGACUCUCGCCAUCGGACUUGGAUAUAGCCCUUGAGGCUAUGGCGCAGGGAAACUCCCGCCCAGGAACUCCCUUCAUCGAGGUAAAUGGCAUGGAGGUCUUCCCAGACGAAGUUGAUGAAACGGUCAAUGGCCCGGAGUCGGAGUUGUCGCUGAGUUUUACGGAUGUCAAUUGGUACAAUGUCUCGCAGGUUGUUAUCGCGGCGGCGGCGGCGGCUUCCCAAGUUGAGCUCGCAGCGGAAUCUAACUCAGACUCCGAGUCAGCAGUACUAAGGGCCGCCGUGAUGGAUGGUUACAUAGAUUGGCCCAAUGAAGACUCAGAGUAG